UUUUCAUACAAAAACUGCAGCUCACUUAAGUGGCGAUCUAGUCAGGAUUCAAGGUUUCCAAGAGUAGCAGAGAUUAUUGAUGUUUCAAAUUUGAAGAUUCAAAUCAAGAUAAAAACUCAGUUUCUACCUCCAAGUGGUAAUCAAAAGGUUCAUCUCAUCUUUAGAUUUUGGGGUCCAAGAAAAUCUCAAGCUAAACGGAUGUAUGUAAAUCUGAAGUACAAAAUGGGGAAUGAAACCUUACAUACAUAUUUUGCAACAUGGAGAGAAGAUGGGUGGAUGAUGAUUGAAUUGUUUCGAUCUUUGAAUCAUAAGGAAGAUACUCAUUUUGAGGUUCAAUUGGAAAGCAUGUCACGCGGUUAUUGUGGAAAUAGUUCCAUAUACAUUGAAGGCAUUGAAUUUCAAGCCGUUGAAAAUGUGAGUCAUGAAGAUAGCAAGAGGUUAAAGGAAGUCCCAAAUGUCUUGAUAGAAAACUCCAAUAUGGAUAAGGAAGAGAAAGAAGAGAUGAUGCUUUCUGCAAAAAAGGUUGUCCGCACCAAUUCUUAUUCAAUGGGCCGAUACCUUGGCAGGGAAAAGCUAGGCGAACAUAUGUACGGAGCGCGUAUGUAUAAAUCACACCAAAUACAUCAAGAUUCAAUCAAAUUUAGUGGGGCGAUUGAGUUUAAACGACACCAACUAUUUCGUAUAAGGUACAAGAUUCAGAGACAAAUAUUGUCAGCAGAUACGAAAAAUGCGUGUUACCUUGUGUUCAAGCUUUCAGAAAAGUGUCGCGGGUUGCAUGCUCCGGUGCUAGUACGGGAUUUUUCCCACACAAAAAAGAGAGAAAUUCUUUAUUUUAGAUCCCCACACCCAACGAGUUUACAUGAUGGUGAUUGGAUUCCAAAAAAGAGGAACGAUGGAUGGAUGGAGGUUAUCAUCUGGAUAUUUAAGUCGAGUAACGAGAUUAAACAUGAUCAUCUUUUUGUUGAUUUGAAAUUGACAACUUAUGAAGGAACUAUGUCAGGACUUAUUGUACGUGGCAUUGAGUUUCGUCCAAUCUAAGUACAUUCGAGACCGAUAAGAUUGGAAGUAGCUGUGUUUUAGUAGCCAUUUAAGUGCUUUGAAUAAGUCUAAAUAAGUUCUUGGUCGGAUGUUGCUGAAUUGAUCAUAGUUGGUUUCAUUUGUUUUGUUUCUGUUGUAAGUUAUAUAUUUAAUCCUUUUUGACGUUUAAGUACGUUCAGUAAAAUAAAAGCAGCGUUCUGCCACAUUAUAAUUCAGUU